UGUGUGCAUGUUGGAGCCUUAUUGUACCCGAAUUACCGAGUUUUAUAUCAGCAUCCAGGGGGAAAAAGCGUUUAAAAGCAAAAUGCAGCGGAGUAUCGCAUCGUUUUUUCAGCCCAAGAGCAAGGUUAAGGACAGCCAGAAGAAAACUGCAGAUGAACCUGUGAACAAGCCCGUCAAGAGUCCCCUGAAGGCGCGCAACGGCGUCCCGGACGCCGAUUCGCCCGUCAAGAAGGUCGCCAAGCGCAGCCGUCAGAUCCUGGACAGCGACGAAGACGAGGCGCCGGCUACCAAAGAGCAAGGCGGCAAAGGAGCUGCUGCUGAAACCGAGAAGACGGCCGCCGCGUUAAAGGCGGCACCCACCCCGUUGUCUCCGGCCCCGGCCGUGACCCCCGCGACCCCCGCCACACCGGCCUCUUCUGCUUCUCCAGGGACGCCCAGCACCCCCGGUUCCACCUCCCCGUCUGGCAUCGUGAAACGCAAAACCGCGAGGAAGAUGUUCCCCAAGAGGAAGCUGGAUGAGAGCGAGAGUCGGAGAGGGGAGUCCGAGGUCGCGGUGGAGCAGGGUCAGCGAAACAAACGACCCCGCGUGGAGAGCGGCGUCAGCGGCGCAGGGAACACCGAUGAACCCAUGGAGGAGGGAGCAAAGGAAGAAAAGGUUGAAAAGGCAGCGACUGAGGCUAACAGCCCAGACGAGGAGGUGGAGAGCAAGAAGAAAGGAGGAGAGAAGGCCAAGGAGGAGGAGGAGGAGCAGGUAGAAGAAAAGAUCUCUGAUGAGCAAGAAAAGAAAGCUGAGGGGGCGGAAAAGCAAAUUGAAGCGAAGGAGGAGACGGAUGAUGAGAAAGGGCCCGCCGUCGCCAAAGAGGAGGAGGAGGUGGUUGAAAAGGACACGGAAGACACAGGGAGCCCAAAAAGUCAAACGGCUGGAAAAAAGCCGAAAGAGGCAAAGGAGCAGAAAGAUAAGGAGCCAGCCAAGAAAACCCCAAUCAGCAGUUUCUUUGCUCCCAGAAAGGCUGGAGUUAAGACAGAGAAACCAGAGAAGAAUGAAGGCCAGAAAAAGACGAGUGCAGAAAGGAAAAACUCUGAGGAGGAGCGAAAAGACACGAAAGGUGAAUCCACCUCGGCGCAGACGGACUACAACCCAUCCAGACCUAACUACCAUCCUGUGGACCACGCCUGCUGGAAACAAGGCCAAAAAGUGCCGUACUUGGCAGUGGCUCGAACCUUUGAGAAAAUUGAAGAGGACUCUGGCAGGCUGAGAAACAUCGAGACGCUGUCGAACCUGCUCCGCUCGGUGCUGCUGCUCUCUCCAGAUGACCUGCUGUGCUGCGUGUACCUGUGUUUGAACCAGCUGGGCCCCGCCUACCUCGGGAUGGAGCUCGGCGUCGGCGAGACGGUCCUGAUGAAAGCCGUCGCCCAAGCAACCGGGCGACAUUUGGACAAAAUCAAAGCGGAGGCGCAGGAGAAGGGAGACCUGGGCCUCGUGGCGGAGAGCUCCCGGAGCAACCAGCGCACCAUGUUCCAGCCGGCCAGCCUGACGGCGGGAGGCGUGUUCAAGAAAUUGAAGGAGAUUGCCAGCAUGAGUGGGAACUCGGCCAUGAAUAAGAAAAUCGACAUCAUCAAAGGCCUCUUUGUGGCGUGCCGCUUUUCCGAGGCCCGCUACAUCGUCAGGUCCCUGGCUGGGAAGCUGAGGAUUGGCCUUGCUGAGCAGAGUGUCCUCUGCGCCCUGAGCCAGGCGGUCUGCCUGACCCCACCUGGACAAGGUUUCCCUCCUGCUGUGAUUGAUGCAGGGAAGGGCAUGAGUGCUGAGAGCAGGCGGGCCUGGAUCGAAGAGAAGAGCCUCAUUCUGAAACAAACAUACUGCGAGAUGCCAAACUACGACGUCAUCAUCCCCGUUUUGCUGAAAGAAGGCAUCGACCAGCUGCCCAAACACUGCAAACUCACUCCAGGAAUACCGCUGAGGCCCAUGUUGGCUCACCCCACCAAGGGUGUCGGCGAGGUGAUGAAGAAGUUUGACGAGGCGGCGUUCACCUGCGAGUACAAAUACGACGGAGAGCGCGCACAGAUACACAUUCUGGAGAGUGGUGAAGUUCGUGUUUUCAGCCGCAACCAGGAAGACAACACCAGCAAAUACCCCGAUAUCAUCUCACGCGUCCCUAAGGUGAAGAAGGACUCCGUCGUGUCCUGCGUUCUGGACACCGAGGCGGUGGCCUGGGAUCGAGAGAAGAAACAGAUCCAGCCCUUCCAGGUCCUCACCACUCGCAAGAGAAAGGAUGUAGACGCGUCAGAGAUCAAAGUCCAAGUGUGCGUGUACGCCUUUGACCUCCUCUAUCUCAACGGAGAG